CAUAAAUAAAAAUGGAUUCUGCAUUAGAUCCAUUGGAUCUUGUUAAACAUUCUAAACGUAUAGAAAAACCGCCUGUCCUUGCUAUUGACACAGAAGCUUUGGCACAAUAUUUGGAAGAACUAGCCCAAGAAGCAGCUAAUUUAAUAAAUUCAGAUACAAGAAAAGAGUUUCUGUAUAAAAAUCCCAAUGGUUGGAAGCAAAAGAAACUAUAUUACGAUGUUAAUAAAUUCUGUCAGAAAAUUGCAGCCAAUGUAAAACCUAAACAGAAAAUGUCAAAAGAAAGUGAUAGUUCCAGUAGCAGUUCUAUAUCCUUUGCAGCAGCUACAUCUUCGACUACCAGUGAGGAGAUGAAAAUAAAAGUGGAACCUUGGUUGUUAAUUGAGGACUUUGAAUUUCCUGCAAUAGUCAGACAAAUAAAUGAAUUCAUACAGUUGUGGGAGUUGAGUCCGGCAACAAAAUUUGUGGUUAUAGCUUUGGAUAAAAUCGAGAUUAUACCCCAAUUGGGUAAAAGAUAUUUUGUAGAGGUACAUUUUUCCAAGCCCACACCCAAAUGCCCAAACCCCUUGGCUGUGGCAAAGGUUUAUUUUCAAAUAAAUGUAAGUCAGCUGCUGCCCAAUGAUUAUCCGGUGAAUGUUACCUACAAAUUUGAGGGCUAUAAAAGCCAGUUUUAUGCCAUGGGUGAACAUAAAAUGAGCUCAAAUAAAUUUCAACGUAUUGAUGCCAUAUUGCAUAUGAAAUUGUCAUUUUAUGCAGAAUUAUGCGAGUGUCGCAAUCCCUUGAAACCUUUGGAGAAGCGCAAAAAGAGUGGUAAAUUAGACAGACUGAAGAGUAUUUGA